AUGUUGCCAACACUGGGCGCAAUACCGAAAUCCAGGUUGGCAUUAACGUUCUCACAAGUGAUGACGGCCCGUCAGAUUGCUUUGCGUUUGAAAGAAGCAUUUGAAGAAAUGGGAGGUUUGUUGAACAAGGAUCGUAAAAUAAACAACAGACAAUGUUCAGAUAUCUUGGAAAAAACAGUAACAGCCACCUGUCAUCAAGUCAACUAG